GUAUGCGACGUUGACGUUUGGUUCAUACUUUAUCUAGUUUAUUUUGUUAUAAACAUAAAGUAAUAUAUUUUCGGUCACCCUUCCCUUAUUAUUAUUUUAAUAUCAUAAUGGCAAACACUACUGAUGAACCCGCUGUAUUAGCUCAUCAAUGUUAUCUGAAUAAGGACUAUACGUCCGCACUACAACAUCUUAAUGAAUUAGAAAAUCUUGUUGGAAAUAAUAGUGUCUUGUUGAAACGUAUACAACAUAACAAAGCUAUAGUGGAGCUAGCAGCUAGUGAUAUGAAAAAUGUGACCAAGUUCAAAUCAGCAUUAUCAGACUGUACGGGCGUUUCUUUUCCUGACGAAGAUAUCAAAGAAACAGCAUCGCCUUUCGCGAUUUAUAACUAUGCAGUGGUCUUAUACCACUCACGUUACUAUUACCAGAGUGCUACGAUUCUAGAAAAGCUGUUAGCUUUAAAACUAAUUAAGGACAAAAAGUUACUACGGCAAGUAGUAUUGCUCUUAUUGGAAUGUACACUAUGUAGGCGCACAUAUGAUAAAACAUUAGAAAUAGCAAAAACACAAGGUGACGGCUUAAAAUCGAAUAACGAAGUAAGUGAUUUAUAUCAGCGUUUGGUUAGCAGGGCUCAAAUAUUCCUCGGGCAGAAGAUACAAUUGAAGGCUGAUUCUAUAGAGAAUGUUUGUAUCAUAGCCCAGGAACAGUAUCUUAAUGGCAAUAUCAAUGAAGCUGCAAAUACUUUAGGACUUUAUAGAACAUUACAGUAUAAUUAUGAUGUCAGAAGUGAGGGUGAAGACAUUUGGGCAACAAUAAAUAAUAAUCUAGGUGUUAUUUUUUUAUCAAUAAAAAAACCAUAUAUAGCUACUAAAUAUUUUCAAAAUGCAUUAAAAGAACACUUUAAAACUAUGGAGAGUGAAGAUAGCGAAAGAUUAAUUGUGUCUAAGGACAGACCAAUAUAUGUGUAUAAUCUAGGAUUAGCAUUGUUGGCUACAAAGAACACCGAAGGAGCUUUUGAGUGUCUCGUUGAAGCUGCAAGGCAUUACCCCAAUAACCCUCAAGUCUGGGUAAGAUUAGCCGAGUGUUGCAUUAAGAAAUGUUGCUGCGAUGAGGCUCAGAAGUUUAUAGUUAAAAAACUUGGUAGUGGAUCCCAUACCAGAGUCCUUGUUGCUAAGGAAAAGGAGAAAUAUUCAUCGUCCGGUGAAUCCUUUGCCAUUCCAUCGCUUUCGUUAGAGUUUGCUGCACUUUGCUUGAAAAAUGCUAUUACACUUCUGCCUAAUCAAGAUCCACCUGUAGAUGUGUCAGUACCAAUGAUACAAGCACCACCAGGUCAAGCGAUCAACUGGAAGCAGAGAUGUGAAUUAAAGAAUUCCAUAUUAGUUCUACAAAGUUAUAUCUUUUUACAUCUCCAGGACCCUCUGGCAGCCCUAGUAAGUGCUAAUGAACUUUUAAGUCAGGCUGAUGCAUCUAAGAGCCAUAAAACCUGGGCACACAUCUAUGCAGCAGAAGCUUUAAUUAUUCUUGAUAAAACUGUUGAAGCAAUAGAACACUUACAGCCAACAAUGAUACAUGAAUUAGUAUCUGGAUUACCUGAUCAAAUGCGGGAUGUUAUUGGAGUCGCAGUAUGGGCAAAGGCAGCUGUCUGCAAUAUCUUACGAGGAGAUCUUUUGCAAGCAAGAAAAGUAUUGCAGCAAAUUAGCUCUGCAAAAGUAUUACCUUUACAAAUGUAUGUGGAAAUCUGUUUGGGCAAUGUAGAGAAUUGCCAUACCAUUUUACGUAAAAUACGCUACACUCAUGUAUCACAAUGACCUAGACAAAAAAUUAAAUAAAAAUAUGUUCAUAUUUUUAU